AUGGGAGUAUAUCGCACCCUUGCGCUCUGUACCGUCAUAAGCAAUGUAGCGUGGUCCUUUGAGCACCGCGCUCAUGGCGGCGGUGCUGCGUGCUUCGCCCUCUACGCCGGGAGGCGCGGCGCCAGGUGCUCGCGGCGCUCUCCCCUGUCGCCGGAUCAGCGGUCUCGCAUCGCGGAGCUUGAGCGUGAGUUGGCGUCUGAGAUGCCCGCUGACAAACCUUCGCCGGCUGACGAGCUGCAUUUCGACCGGAAUUUGGGCUCUUCGUACGGCGCAAGACACCUGGGCCGUGACGCUGAGAUUCUGCUGGAUGAGCUGAUGCGCGACUCCGAUCAUUGCGGCGAUCCACCCACCUCUCUAGGCGCAAACAAACGUGACGCCAUCGACGUGGCCGAACCCAAACUCAACGAAACAGGAACGCGGAAUGGCCCGUCUCCACAGCUGAGGGUGGUCAAAGAGCGGGCAUGUAAACGUGGAUCACGGGAUUCCGGACUCUCGAAAGAGGAACGACACAAACGCACGGCUGCCAAUCAUGCUGGCCGCGGAAUUGGGUCACCUGAAGGUCCUUUUCACGCUGCGUCUGGUGCUGUGGAAGACGCGCUGGGAAGCGUUGAUGCCACCGCCCGAGCCGCGUCCGGUGCGGAACCACACGACCGCACCUCCGUGGGCGACCUUUCGAACAGCGACUCCAUCGAAAACGUGCUGAUGGAAUCCGUACGGGCCGCUGAGCGGUGGGAGAGCGACGAACACCGGUUCCGCAACAAGGUGGCGGAAGUGCCGGACAACAUCACCGACAAAGAGAUGCUGCGUAUGGCUGAGCUGGCCGAGAUGGAGGAGAACCAGGAGGGCCCCACCAUGAGGCAGCUGCUGAAAAAGCUAAACGAGGCGCCGGCUUCGAAGGCACCCGCUGCGCACUGGCAGGGGCUGGUGCAGCGGUUCGACAUCGACGCCGACACGUCCCACUGCGUCGGGUGCGGCAUCCGCCUGCAGAGCGGCAGCGCGGCACAUCCGGGCUUCGUGGAACCGGCUGCGCUGAGCGGCGUGCUCGAGGCGAAGGGCAGGCCGCGCUGCCAGCGCUGCUCCAGCAUGCGGAGCGGCCUCAUCUUCCGCGACCCGGCGAUCGCCCUGGGCGACAGCGCCACCGCCGCCGCGCGUGAGACCGUGGCCAUCGUGCGCAACGCGCUUGCGCUCAGCGCCACGCGGCACGUCACCGUGGCGUACAUGAUGGACGCCCUGGACAUCCACUUCGAGCGCGGCCUCGCCGACCUCAUCGUGGCGAGGCGCGGCCAGCGCAGGGCCGAAACCCACUUCUACGUGGUGCUGAACAAGGUGGACCUGCUUCCGCCGCACAGCCGCAAGCGGCUGAUAAUGUACGUGCACCGGUUCGUGCAGAGUCGCGCGCCCGCUCUGCGUGUGAAGCCCAGGCACAUCUUCCUGAUGAGCGCCCGCACCGGCGACGGCGUCAACCUGUUCCUGAGCGUGCUUCUGGACGAGGCGUACCGCAAGCGCAGCAAGGUCUUCUUCGUGGGCGCUACCAACACCGGUAAGUCCACGUUCAUCAACCGCCUCUCCCGGUUCGUCGACGCUGAGGAAGGCGGGGAUUCCGGCGCAGGUGCUACGCCCCCUAAGCGGCAGCUGCUGUCGACUAGCGUGAUACCCGGCACCACGCUACGGCCGCUGCGCAUCGACGCAGGCCCGGGCUUCAACCUGUUCGACACUCCGGGCAUCGUGGUCCCCGACGCGUUCACUUCGCACAUAACCUCGUCCGAACUCAAGAUCGCGGUCCCCGCUUCGCUCGGUCCGGCGAAGCCGCUGAGGAUUGGUGCCGGCCAGUCGCUACUGCUGGGCCAGUUCGUGCGCAUCGACGUGCUGGAAGGGCGCCCUUUUUUCUUCACGCCGUACCUCUCGAAGCACGUCAAUGUCGUGGUGAAGCGCACCCGCAACGUGGGCGACUUCCUGGCGAAACUGCCCUUCGGGGACGGUCGCGUGUUCUACGCAACUGGGUCGCCGGCUGCCAGCUCCCUGAUGCCGGGUAUCUCCUGGGGCUCCGAAGCUCGACCUGGUGCCGCAAAAAACACGUCUGACAACGAAGCCGGUGUCUACAACCUCGCCACCGGCAGCGACACUCAGUGGAACCCACCCAGCGCCGACGGCCACCCGGCCGCUCCAACGCCAGAGGCUGAGCCGAACGCCGAGCCGGCAGCGUCAAAGCCGCCAACCGACGUCGACACAUGCAACCACCACACAGUGAACGCCACGGGAACACUCAACGCACAGGGGGAGAUCGACACUACAACUAAUUACGUUCGGACUUUCUCUGACGGCGGCGAUGCCGUUGGUCGCGGCUGCAAGGAGACACCGCCAACGACGUCUUUCGAAGUCAGCGUGAUCGGUGAGGGUUGGGAGCGCGCGACAGCGGACCUGUGCAUCAAGGGGCUGGGCUUCGUGAGCCUCGCGGGUGCUCUGGAGCUGCGUCUGCGCGUCGAGACGCUGGAGGGGGUCUCCGUGUACAUGCGCGAGCCGCUGAUGGCCUACGACGGCAUCCCGUUCGCGCGUAAACGUCUGCCCACCAAAGCGCCCAAACGGCGCGCCGGCAGCUGA